CCUCAAUUCGCCAUUCCCAUCGCCAUGUCGUGUUCCCUGACCCAGAGCUGCUUCAGGCAGCUUGCGCGGAGUCCUCUGAGACAAGGCUCCCUGCCCGUCUUCCUCGCCCCGGCGUUCUCUCACCCUUUCCGGACCCAGCCCUUCUCGACCACUUCCCCGGCACAGUCGCGAAUUGGCGGCGCCGCGAUUUCCGUCCCCAGCGAGGUCUCGCUCAAAUUCAUCGACCUACCCCAGCCCAGAGUGAAGAGACAGGGAGUCGACACCCCGAAGGUUGCAAUUGAGGUCAAGGGUCCCCUGGGUGAAUUGACGCUGAACAUCCCUUCCUUCGUGAAUGUCGUGCACGACGAGGCCCUUCAGAAGGCCAGCCUGACCGUUCAGGACACUGAGGUCUCGCACCAGCGUGCUAUGUGGGGAACCAUGCGCGCCCAUCUACAGAACUACAUCACCGGCGUUUCGGAAGGUCACAUCUGCAUUCUGAGUAUGGUUGGUGUCGGUUACAGAGCUACCAUUGAAUCGACAGCGACCACCAUCCAGGCCGAAUACCCCGGUCAGCAGUUCGUUUCCCUCAAGGUCGGAUACUCGCACCCGAUCGAGCUGGGCAUCCCCAAGGGCGUCAAGGCCAGCACCCCCCAGCCGACCCGUAUCCUCCUGGAGAGUGUCGACAAGAAUGUUGUGACCAAGUUCGCGGCGGAGAUCCGCGAAUGGCGGAAGCCGGAGCCUUACAAGGGCAAGGGUAUCUUCGUCAACGGAGAGACGAUCAGAUUGAAGGACAAGAAGAUUCGGUAAACGUGGGGUCUAUGUCUUGGGGGAACGAAUCUGUGUUUAUUAUUUCUGUAUAUGUAUAUCCGAGCACGGUUUCUUUGGUUCGCAAUUGGUAUCCUUUUUCAUGUACUUUUAGACGCAUCUAGCGUGCACAGUUGGACAAAAUUUGUCGCAGAAU